AUGCCUGAAAAAGUGACUCUACACACCUACUUCCGCAGCUCCUGCUCCGCCCGCAUCCGAAUAGCCCUCCAUCUAAAAGGCAUUCCAUACGAAGCAGUCUACGUGAACCUCUUGAAGAACGAACAAAACAGCCAAGCCCACCUAGCCAUCAACCCAUCAGGCACAGUGCCCGCGCUAGUGAUUGAACAAGAAACCAAACCCCCAAUCAUAAUCACCCAGUCCCUAGCUGCCUUGGAGUUUCUCGAUGAAGCCUUCCCCGAAAAAGGCCCAGCACUCCUCCCUGCUGACCCCGAAACCCGGGCUACAGUGCGCACCCUGGCGAAUAUCAUUGCGUGCGAUGUGCAGCCCGUGACGAAUCUCCGGAUUCUGAAGCGUGUUGCGCCGCUUGGGGCGGAUCGAGCGGAGUGGUCGCGGGAUUUGAUUGUUGAUGGGUUGAGGGCUUAUGAGGCUGUUGUUGCUGGCUCGGCCGGGCGGUUUAGUGUUGGGGAUCAGAUUACUAUUGCUGAUUUGUGCUUGGUUCCCGCUGCUUGGGGGGCCGAGAGGGUUGGUGUUGAUUUGGGGCAGUUUCCGGUUACCUGUCGCAUUGUAGGGAAUUUGGAGGAGGUUCGGGCUGUUCAGUUGGGGCACUGGAGGGCCCAGGAUGAUACGCCUGAAGAACUUAAGGUUAAGGAGUAG